AUGAGAAGCAAAUAUGAGUCUUAUUGGAUAGGAAGAAAUGUGAAAACUUGGUUUGAUGGAACACCUUGGGAUCAAGCAGUAGCUAACGCGGCAUGGGCUGUAAACGAACCAAAAAUGUUCAAUGACUUUGCAUAUAUAAACAAACAAACUGGCACAUGGAAGAGUGAAAUAGACACAUUUGCUGGUGUUUACUCUGAAUAUAGAACACUGUGCAAGUUCAGGAGAAUAUCCGUAACAACCCUCGAACCAAUCACGAAUAAACCAACCACAACUGCUCAACUAACAACUACACCACCACCACCAACAACGAUAACAACAAAUCCAACCACUACUUACAAAACAUCCACUUUCAAACUAACCACUACCGUAAAGCCAAAGACUACACCUCGUACUGAUGGAAAGGAGGUAUGUCCAGCUGGGGACAACUGGGAACAAGGACCAGACUUCUGUUACUAUUUCACUACAAGUGUUGUAAGAAUACAACCAGGCGGACUGGCUGCUGCAGAUGCUCAAUGUAAGGCUACAAAUAGAAGACUAGGGAUAACCAGCAUUGCAACAAUAGCAGAACAGAACUUUCUCAAGAAUAUCAUGAGUAGCAGGUAUGAGUCUUAUUGGAUAGGAAGAAAUGUGAAAACUUGGUUUGACGGGACUCCUUGGGAUCAAGCAGUAGCUAACGCGGCAUGGGCUGUAAACGAACCAAGAAAUUUCAAUGACUUUGCAUAUAUAAACAAACAAACUGGCACAUGGAAGAGUGAAAUAGACACAUUUGCUGGUGUUUACUCUGAAUAUAGAACACUGUGCAAGUUCAAGAGAAUAUCCGUAACAACCCUCGAACCAAUCACGAAUAAACCAACCACAACUGCUCAACUAACAACUACACCACCACCACCAACAACGAUAACAACAAAUCCAACCACUACUUACAAAACAUCCACUUUCAAACUAACCACUACCGUAAAGCCAAAGACUACACCUCGUACUGAUGGAAAGGAGGUAUGUCCAGCUGGGGACAACUGGGAACAAGGACCAGACUUCUGUUACUAUUUCACUACAAGUGUUGUAAGAAUACGACCACGUGGACUGGCAGAUGUACAAUGUAAGGCUACAAAUAGCAGACUGGGGAUAAUUAGCAUUGCAACAAUAGCAGAACAGAACUUUCUCAAGAAUAUCAUGAGUAAGAAAGAUUACCCUUAUUGGAUAGGAAGCUACACGAACACUUGGUUUGACGGAACAUUUUGGGAUCCAGCGGUAGCAAACGUGGCAUGGGCAUUAAAUGAACCAAGAGUGUUCAAUGACUUUGCAUACAUAAGCAGACACACUGGCGCAUGGAAGAGUGAAAUAGACUCAUUCGCUGGCGUGUACUCUGAAUAUAGAACACUGUGCAAGUUCAGAAGGCUGGUCGUUAUUACAACAGAUCCUACACUAACCACAACUUCUAGACUAAGCACAAUACCCGGACUAAGCACAACUAUGGGAGUUGAACCAACCACAACUCUUAGUCCAACCACAACUCCAGAACCAACCACAACUCCUAAACCAACCACAACAACUCUUAGACCAACCACAACUCCUAGACCAAACACAACUCAAAAACCAACUACAACUCCUAAACUUACCACAACUCCAAGACCAACUACAGCUCUGAGAUCGACAACUUUAAGUCAACCUGUUCUGACAACAAUUGGAGAAUCCUUACAUAGCUGUGAGUGUAGAUUGAUGCUUGAAGUAACAAAGAACUGUACAAACAACACAUCAUUUAGCUGCGUGGAGACUUCACUAAUAUACGAAUUCCCAGACACCAGCCUCGUGGUUACAAGUGGUUGCCAAGGAUGUCUUGAAAUGUUUCGUGUCUGCCCUGAAGAUUGCUUCACGACAGCGAUAUCAUUCUGGGGAACAGGAGGACUCUCGCACACCAUCAUUGAAGACACCCCAUGGGGACCAAGAUCAAAGACUUUGGGACAAUUGUUCUGUGAGAGGCACUUUGAUAACAUUCCUUCACCAGGUGGCACCAUUGUCUCAUCAUACAAGAUGGCGGAGUGUGAAAUAGAAAGCAGACAGAACGUCUUCAACCAGAAGUUGUGUUGUGUCAUGUAUGAGGUUCCAAUAGCAGGAUUCGUUCCUGUGUGGGAUUAUAACUGCAAUGGCAUCAUAGAAAACGAUGAAGCCAGCAUCGUGUAAUAUAUAUUCGUUGUAAUAUGUUGUCACAUAAAAGUGUAUUUGCAGUAUUAAGCAAGAACUUGCAUUUUGAG